AUGGUCGUAAAGAAAACCCUGGUCGCUUUGCUUUGCAUCUCAAAAAAUGUGUACCUCUACGGAGCGACUGACCUAGAGAUAAGAAUCAGCCCGACUUUCUGGUGCAUCAAGUCUGGCUCCUCCAGCUUUGCCGCUGUAAAGAAAGUGAUUCAGCAGCUCUGGCUGGAAGCUGGGCUCAACCGCAUGAAGGUUUCCCAGGAAGCUGCAGACCUGAAACAAUUCUGUCUGCAGAAUGCUUAACAUGACCUGCUGACUGGAGUAUCUUCAAGUACAUAUGCCUUUAGAUCCCAGAAAGUCUGUUUGUUUUUGUAGUAAAAUGAAUCCUUCAAAGGUUUCCUAAACCACUUUUCAUGAACCAGUGAAUAUUAAAAGGAAAGCUAAAUUUUGAAACCUGUACAAAAGUUUAUCCCUGUAGCACAUGUGCCAUACUAUACAAAUUUCUACUUUUGUUGAUCCUUAAUAUCUACCUCUGAAUUUUUAUUAAUUUCUAUUUCACAAAGGUAAUUAUUUUAUGGACAUUGGCAGGCACAUAUAAUAAAAUACUUCUUAUAAAAAAAUGUGUACCUCAUGUACCCAGUAU